CCCCUCCUCCACCAAGUAUGGUGAUGGGAAGGAGAGGACCUUUAGGAAGUGGGUGGUAAAGUUUUAGAGCAAAGUACAUAUAGACUCUUCCUCUUUGGGAUUAACUCCUUCAAGUCCUGACAGUUACAAGUAAAAUAUCUAGUAAUUUUAUAUUUUUGUCCAAACAAACCAAAUGUUCUAAUCAAACCAAUUUAAAAAUGCAAAUCACCUCAUUUCCAUAGAUUCCAGCAUUCUAAAAGUGACACAUUUGGGGGAAAAAUUAAGCCUGAUAACAGGAAAUGUGAAUCAUACUAUCAGUGACUAAUCUGCUUAAGAAAAAAAAUAAGUUACGUUUAUUUUAUCAUUAGGAAGUCAGUGUUAAGCCAGAUUUCUUAAAGUUUAAAGCAAGUGGCAUUUUUAUUUUAAAAGCGGCCCUGUUUUGCUGUUUUUGUUUGUUUUUAUAUAAUGAGUUUUCCAAGAGGAAUGUAUAUAUGCAAUCAGAGGUGGUUUAUGUGGUAAAGAACGCAAGCUAGCAUGUCACUGCCAAAGAGCUGGAAGGUGAUCGCAUUAAGAUUCUAGUUUAGGGUUUGAUGUGUGUGUUGCUGUUAUUGUUGUUUAAAAGAAUACAAAGCUUGAUUGGUUAUUAAGAUUGACCACUAAGUAAAUCAAUUGAAGACAGAAGCACGUUGUCCUAAUUGAUGCCCUUUGCAUAAAUUGAGAAAAGGUCUAUAUCUAUUUUAUGUGAUUCUUUGUAGCUGCCUGACACAUUUCAGUGAAAAGUGUGUAAAAAUGAAACCAAAAUACAGACUGCCUACCCAGAGACACUGGCUGACUUACUGUAGGAUGUGAUAGAGCUGAACUGAAAACGCAUUCGGCUGACACUUGAUAAUCAAAGUUGAUUUAUUGUUCAUUAGUACUGCAUUAGCCCUUUCAGGCAAGACAGUUAUUUGUGUAGUUGCCUGUCAAGAGUGAGACUGCAAGCACCUGUCAUUUCUAAGGCAUGAGAUAAGCAACCAAAUAUUAAGAAGAUGCAAAUAAAAAUACGUUUGACUACGUAAAGGGGCACAUAGUAAUACAUUUUUUUUUCUUUAAAAAGAUAGUAUGGGUCAAUACCAGCUAUAAGAAAGAAAUCUACUGAGGAUUAUUUUUUAACCCUAAGAACGACUUAUAGAAGGAAAGUAACGGGCUUUAUAUUCACCCAUUUGCCUUAAGAACUUCGUUUCCUGCCCAAAUGUGCAGCUUGUCUGACAAAAAGUUGGUUAGUUAAGGAAAUGAGAGGCGCAUGUCAAUUAUGUAAUCCGAGUAAUUUAGGUAAGGUAGGCUUUCUGUUUGUUUUGUGUUAAUAAACAUUUUAUUAAAUGAAACUUGUAAGCAUGGGUUGAUUACAUGAAAAUGUGAUGGCAUCAUGGCUAAGCUUUGAUAAUGUCGGCUAAUAAUGUCAAGUGCAUUUUCUGCAACAUGUAUCACUCUGGAUUUUUUUCCUCUUUCCCUGGAAGGGAAUGAUCUCAUGACAUAUAAUAGAAAACAACCUCAGUGUCAGAAGAAAGCAAAAUUAGCGAACUUUUGUCAGCAGCCAUAGAAACGCGGAUUAACUCAUAUUUUUCCAGGGAUGGAAUGGAAACAUUCUGCAUGAGGAUAUAUAGUGUAUUGUCUUCUCUGAAUUUUCAUUUGACAGGGCUUUUAGAGGCUGUGAUCUUAAUUAAAUCUCAACUAGCUGAAAUAAUGCAUCUAAAGGCAUGCAGUGUUGCGUAACCUUGCUCAGUUGGUAAACCAUAAAUCAUCAGAAAGCUUAUGAUAGGAAUGGUUGAAUUUUUUGUUGUUGUUUGUAGUUAAAUGUACCUUAAAAAACAAAACCCUUACCGUCACUGCCUUGCAUUUACACGUUGUCAGGACCUGUCACUUGAAAGAUAAACUCUUUUAUGACACUGACCAGUUCUACAACUUUUCAGCCAACCUCCACACAAUUGGAAGAUACGGUGAAAUUAAAAUCUAGAUUAAUUAAAAACAAUGAAAGUUCAGUUUUGUAUUGGUUAAUGUGGCAGAAACGUUGUUUGAGUUAUUAUGUUUCUGAGACAAUCAGGAGAGAAUGUUGUGACUAGCUUCUCAGUCUGUACUAACAUUUGAGUAAAAUUUGAAUUGGCAAAAAGGAAGAUUGGAGGAAUUUAUUUUAUUAUGUGGUUUCGUUGUAGGUGAACAUCAAUAAGGAGAACCUGAAAACCACGUUCUUGGUAACUGGGCAAAUACAGUGGUCAGUUAGAUUCCACUUCAGGUAGUUCGUCAUUCCUUGAUUUACAAACAAGGGAUAACGUAGCAACAGUUGAUCGAGAAGGUUAGAGUAGAUAAAUACAUAAAUUGUGUCUGUGUGUUACAUUUUAAAAUAUGCAUUCAAUGACAAGGAAUUAUUAAACAGCUUUAUUAACUGUCAAGGUUUAAUAAAUUAUAAUGCUUGCACAUAUUAGGUUAUUUACUUUUAGUGCCUCAAAUAGAUAGUUGUAACUGCUGCAGUUUUUGAUUUAUAUAUAUGCUUGAGUGGAAGGAACUACCUACAUAAAAAAGUUGAGAAUGCUGUCUUGUGAUAGCUUGAUUUCAUAUAUCUCUGCACAUAACAUUUCAUAUAAGACUAGAAGUUACAUUGCUGAUGAGCUGUAGCUCUCUUGGGGCAAAAGGGGUAGCUUUAUGUGUAUCUGUAUGGCUAGAUUUGGGGAUAGUCUUAACACUGUAAGCUAAAUUUGUUGUUUGGUGAAAGGUUUGUUUUCUUGGAAGCAGUGUAUUUCUGGACUCUUGUUUUAGUCCUUUCAGAGCAUGUAAUACUUCCCUCCCACCCCCAUCAAGUGACAUUUUGCAUUCAGCCUUAUUUUCUUUCAUUUAAAAAAGAAAACUCAGGUAUCUCUUAGCUAAACAAGCCUUUGCAGAUUGGGGGGAUUUGAAUUAUCUGAGAAGAGCUCAUCUGGGCCUCUACUUUUGGAUUGUAGGAAUGCUCUUCAUUGAGUCCCUCUUCCAAUCUGUGAGUUGUUUGAAGAGAAAUGAAUUUCGAAUGAGAAAAAUGAAUACUGAACACAUACAUUGUGCCUCAUUUUCAAAUCCGGUUAAAAGCAAUUAAUCAAUGAAGAUGCACGCUAAAUGUUAUGGUUCCCGUGUCAGUGGCUAUGAUGACACCUCAAGUUAUCACUCCCCAGCAAAUGCAGCAGAUCCUCCAGCAACAAGUGCUGAGCCCUCAGCAGCUCCAGGUUCUCCUCCAGCAGCAGCAGGCCCUCAUGCUUCAACAGCAGCAGCUUCAAGAGUUUUAUAAAAAACAACAGGAACAGUUGCAGCUUCAACUUUUACAACAACAACAUGCUGGAAAACAGCCUAAAGAGCAACAGCAGGUGGCUACCCAGCAGUUGGCUUUUCAGCAGCAGCUUUUACAGAUGCAGCAGUUACAGCAGCAGCACCUCCUGUCUUUGCAGCGCCAAGGCCUUCUGACAAUUCAGCCCGGGCAGCCUGCCCUUCCCCUUCAACCUCUUGCUCAAGGCAUGAUUCCAACAGAACUGCAGCAGCUCUGGAAAGAAGUGACAAGUGCUCAUACUGCAGAAGAAACCACAGGCAACAAUCACAGCAGUUUGGAUCUGACCACGACAUGUGUCUCCUCCUCUGCACCUUCCAAGACCUCCUUAAUAAUGAACCCACAUGCCUCUACCAAUGGACAGCUCUCAGUCCACACUCCCAAAAGGGAAAGUUUGUCCCAUGAGGAGCACCCCCAUAGCCAUCCUCUCUAUGGACAUGGUGUAUGCAAGUGGCCAGGCUGUGAAGCAGUGUGCGAAGAUUUCCAAUCAUUUCUAAAACAUCUCAACAGUGAGCAUGCGCUGGACGAUAGAAGUACAGCCCAAUGUAGAGUACAAAUGCAGGUUGUACAGCAGUUAGAGCUACAGCUUGCAAAAGACAAAGAGCGCCUGCAAGCCAUGAUGACCCACCUGCAUGUGAAGUCUACAGAACCCAAAGCCGCCCCUCAGCCCUUGAAUCUGGUAUCAAGUGUCACUCUCUCCAAGUCCGCAUCAGAGGCUUCUCCACAGAGCUUACCUCAUACUCCAACGACCCCAACCGCCCCCCUGACUCCCGUCACCCAAGGCCCCUCUGUCAUCACCACCAGCAGCAUGCACACGGUGGGACCCAUCCGCAGGCGGUACUCAGACAAAUACAACGUGCCCAUUUCGUCAGCAGAUAUUGCGCAGAACCAAGAAUUUUAUAAGAACGCAGAAGUUAGACCACCAUUUACAUAUGCAUCUUUAAUUAGGCAGGCCAUUCUCGAAUCUCCAGAAAAGCAGCUAACACUAAAUGAAAUCUAUAACUGGUUCACACGAAUGUUUGCUUACUUCCGACGCAACGCGGCCACGUGGAAGAAUGCAGUGCGUCAUAAUCUUAGUCUUCACAAGUGUUUUGUGCGAGUAGAAAACGUUAAAGGGGCAGUAUGGACAGUGGAUGAAGUAGAAUUCCAAAAACGAAGGCCACAAAAGAUCAGUGGUAACCCUUCCCUUAUUAAAAACAUGCAGAGCAGCCACGCCUACUGCACACCUCUCAAUGCAGCUUUACAGGCUUCAAUGGCUGAGAAUAGUAUACCUCUAUACACUACCGCUUCCAUGGGAAAUCCCACUCUGGGCAACUUAGCCAGCGCAAUACGGGAAGAGCUGAACGGGGCAAUGGAGCAUACCAACAGCAACGAGAGUGACAGCAGUCCAGGCAGAUCUCCUAUGCAAGCCGUGCAUCCUGUACACGUCAAAGAAGAGCCCCUCGAUCCAGAGGAAGCUGAAGGGCCCCUGUCCUUAGUGACAACAGCCAACCACAGUCCAGAUUUUGACCAUGACAGAGAUUACGAAGAUGAACCAGUAAACGAGGACAUGGAGUGAAUAUCGGGGCAGGCCGACCCCGAGAAUGAAGAUUGGAAAAAGGAAAAAAAAAAAAAAAAACAACAAAACACGUCAGAAGUUAGCAGUGAAAUUGUUCUCCAUUUGUUGUACAGUCUGGAGGAUUUUCACUACGUUUUGACAACUCUGAAAUGUGUUAACUCUUAGUGCCAUCAAGAACCCCAUUUGGGAGUAUUUUUGAUUUUUCUACUUUUUGUUGAAAAAAGGAAUUUGUACUCUGUGCAUUGGAUGGACUUGUUUGGUACUUGGGAUUCUCCUCUCUUAACCGUCAACAUCAGUGUUGUAAAUUUGCUAAACUGAUUCACUUUUAGCAGCAGACUUUGAACUGCAGUCCUGCCAACGUUGGACACUGAGGACGCCCGACGGAGCUUGUGCACCUAAGCUGCAGACCAAGCCUUUGCCCAGAAUUUAAGGAUUCCAAUGGACGACCUAUUUGCACAGUACUGCAUGUUGAUUAUCACUGCCUUUACUCCAUUUUUUUUUUUUUUUUUUUGCUUCCAGUUGGGAUGGGGAAGGCCUUUGUGUGUGUAUUGGGGGGAGGGGUUAAAAAAUAAUUAUCCCAAACUUUUUAAUGUAUUGCUUUUUUUUUUUUUUUCUUCUACUAUACCAUUUUAAGUUCUGACCUCAGGCCUCCAUUUGGGCCGAUGGCCUCUUGGAGGCUUAAAGUUUUCUGUACCUUGUGAUGAAUGUUAAUAGGUGUUUUUAUUAUACAAAGCUGAAUGUCAUUUCUCGUUUGUAGCUUUCUGUCACUCAUUCCAUCUUCCUUCAGACAUCACCACGUUUCUCUAAAGUCAGAAAACAUUCCGUUUUGGUCUUUUUCAAAAAGGUCCCAAAUGCUGCACUCUACACAUGAAGGCCCUCUCACACAGACGUGACGUCCUGCCAGAAAGAGAAUGAAUGACAGAAAAAAGAGAGACAGAGACAUACUCUAGGAACAAUGCCGAUCAUUCCACGCAGCAGUAUUGGGGGUGGUUGGGGGGAGGGGUGUUUCGGAUUUUUUUUUUUUUUUUUUUUUUGCAGCAACCAUCAUUAAAUGCCACCACAUUCUACCAGCACAAGGAAACAUAGGCAGCACUGGAAAAAAAAGCUCAUACUAAUUAGACUGACAAUAUGGCCUUGAAAGGCUCUCCCUUGUGAAACCAAGUUGCCAUGGGCCUUGGGUGCUCUGCGAUAACCAGUGUGGGCUGGUUUUGUUUGCAAAACGGCCAAAAAAACCCGGCUUCCCUGAGCAGCUGCCCUGAAAGUAGGGGUGGCGGCGGCGGUGUGAGAGUUUAUACAUUAGUUCAGACCUACUUGGUGGCAUUAAACUGUUUGAAUGCAAAUUCGAUUUCAGAUUGAACUUGGUAAGGGAAUUAGUUAAUGAGGACUGAGUUCAGCAAAUGCUAAAAUGUUUGUUAAUUUCAAAUAUGCAAAUUUGGUACUGCAGUUUGUUAUGCAAUAUUAUAUCACCAACCCAGUAUCACAAAAACUCACAGAAGAUAUCGUGUAGGCCCUGGGCUUUGGGGGGUCCCAAACGUGGUAUGCAGAAUGUGAUGGUUACAGGUCAGUACAACCUCAGUCCUUAGAACCCCUCCACACUUCAACUCUGCACUCACUUUCCUGUCAUUUAUUUAUAUAGGACUGUAGUUUUUUUUAGUUCGAGAGCCUUUCGAAGCUUAAUUUAUAUUCUUUGUACCUUUUUUUCUAAAAUUACCAAAGAUAUUACACAAAGGUAAAUUAUGUUCUCUGUUUUAUGCUUUAUCUGAUGAAGCCAAAUAUCCUCUUAUUGUUGAUCAAAGGAGGCAAAAGAAUUUAGAGGCAAAUGACAAGCGUUAGGCUAUUGCAACCUGAGAAAGAGAACUGCUCCUUCAUCGUAAAUUCAGAAGACCAAGUAGAUAAUGGAACCAAAGUUGUUACUUUUUUCUAGUAGUUAUUUUUCCUUUUUCUUUUUGUGUACCUCUACAGAGACCAAAACUCAUUCUCUUAAAGAGAUUUUAGGGGGCUACUGCAGAUAAAAAUAGGACACAAUAUUAAAGGAGCUACAGAAGGAAGGGAGUCCCAUCUCAAAAAAAAUGAAUGUAUGCCACUGCAAUUAGAGUAUCAUCCAAUAAAGGAGACAGUUUAGAGUCAGAACAGAAAAGCUUCCAUUAAUUGAACUAGAUCACAUAAUAGUAUUUCUAGAAAAAAAGAUAUUUUUAGAUUGUAUGCCACUUUUGUUGAAGAACUGUGCUGUGAUCACUGUAUUAAUUUUGGUUUAUCUUGGCAUAUAUCCUUCAGUUUCUUUUUAAUUAAUUUUUCCUUUUUUUCCGAUUAGGCUUUGGUCAGCAUUUUUCAUUUAAAGAAAAGUAACACUCCCAUCCACUCAUAAGCUUGGUACAAAAACUUCUCUGGCAGUUACUUUUGAAGCUUCACUCUGCUUUCUGUAUAAAGGGCAGUCUGUGGUCACGCAAGACUUUAAAAAAAAAAAAAAAAAAAAAAAAAAAAAUACUUUUCCAGGCAGCUUCAUGAUGUGCAGGCAGUAGCCAGACAGGGUCAUGGGAAGGGGGCCCUGUGCUUCUAAACUGAGUGGUUGCUGGUUAGUUUGGUAUUCAAAAGAGGAUAAAAAUCUGGUAGAUUAGUUCAUUCUCAGCAUGUGUAGCUAGACAUGAGUAAAGAUAACAGCAUGAGAAACUGUUAGUACGCAUACCUCAGUUCAAACCUUUAGGGAAUGAUUAAAAUUUAAAAAAAAACAUUUCACUCAGUUGCACUUAGUCGUAUGUCUUGCAUGCUUAGUCUAAAGACUGUAGCAAAAAAAAAAAAAAAAAAAAAGAAAAAUUAGAUUUUACAUAUCUUUGCAGGUAUCACAGCCUUGCAGAAGAACCAACUGAAAAAAAAUUCUCAGGCUUUACAGCAAGCAAAUUUCACUAUGAUUUUUACAAUUCCGAUUCUGUAUCCCCUGGGGGUUAUCCCAGUUGCUUCUUUAGAAUGGGGUUUAUUAUGUUGUACAUAUAUCCCGAUGUGUCUGUGUGAAUCUUUGUCUUUUUUGGGGGAGGGCAGAGGGCGGUUCUUUUUUUAGAUAUUGUUCCUAAAAAGGAAUAAAUGCAUACACCUGUUUGUCAAAACACCUUUGCUUUUUGUGCAACUGCUUUAUAUUAACGAUACUAAAAAAAAAUAGCUUUGGAAAAAAAACUACUGUAUGUAAUGGAAUUGCAGAAUAUGCUGCACAUGUAUUUUAUUUAGUUAUCCUUGCUUUAAGAAUAUUGGAUGACAUUUCCUGACAUGUGGGAGGGAGAAACUCCCUAACUUUUUUUUCUGCUUUUAAAUUGUAACAUAGUUGAAGAUUCUUU